GAAUACAGCAACAACAACAACAAGCCCUAGGAAAAAAAAACCAGAGAGCUUGACGAAAUGUCUAGAAUACCCUCCCUCCUCCGUUUUGCUACCAUCUUGUUCCUCUUCUCUUCCUCCUCCUCUUCCGCCGAUCAACGUCUCCACUCUCGCCACUUACUCCACCAACCCUUCUUCCCAAUCCCCACCGCCGCUCCACCGCCGUAUCAACCACCACCACCCUCCUCCGAACCCCCCUCGCCUUCCCCACGCUCCCACCACCACCACAAGAACCAUCCAGAGACGCCUCCACCUCACGAGAAACACCCUUUCUCCUCAGCCUCAAACCCUCCACCUCCACCUCCUCCUCCGCCAUCUCCGCCCCAUCCAAACACAUUCUUCCCAUCUUCCGACCCAUCCUCACCCACCUCUCACCCCCCACCAUCCCCAUCUCCUCCACACCGAGCUCCAGUCCCCACUUUCCCCGCCAACAUCUCCUCCCUCGUCUUCCCAACCCACAACAAACCUCACAACAGCAACCCCCACGUAGCCAAACUCCUCGCCAUAACCAUCGCCGUCGUCUCCGCCGCCAUCCUCCUCUCUCUCCUCGCCGUCGCCACCAUCUUCCUCCGCCGCCGCCGCCGUCGCGCCUCCCCCGCCAAAUCCACAAAAACAGACGCUCGCCACCUCUUCAACGCCGCUCCCUCCGACGUCCCUUUGAAACACAAACAGCCGCCGAAGUACACUUCCUCCAACACCUCCUCCGAGUUUCUCUACUUGGGCACUCUGGUUAACUCCGGUUUAGUAGACCAGCAGAAGUCUCCCGGAAGCGUCGCCGGCGUCUUGGAGUUACCACCAGCUCAGGGCUCUUCCUCCUCUACUCCCUCUUACUCGCAGUACCAGAAGCUAGGCUCCCCGGAGCUCCGUCCUCUCCCUCCUCUACCGAAGCUUCCGGUUUACACUCCUAACUACAGAAGCACCGAGCUGUUGAAUCCUAAAGGACAAGACUUUGACGGAGACGACAACGAAAACGACGAGUUUUACUCUCCGAGAGGUUCUCCGGUUCGUAAGCAGAGCCCGCCACGUGUCAAGAACUCGGGCUCUCCGGGAACAAGUUUGAAACCUCCCAAGUCUUCUCUUAGUCCUCGUCUCUCGCUGAACAGCUCAAACGGCAGCGUUUCGAAGAAACCCGUUCCGACAAGACCGCCACCUCCCCCUCCGCCGCAGAUUCAUGUGCUUCCGGUUACCAACUCUGUUUCGGAGGAGAAAGAUGAGACCUUUAAACCAAAGUUGAAGCCUUUACACUGGGACAAAGUUAGAGCAAGCUCGAGCCGUGUUACUGUGUGGGACCAAAUCAAGUCAAACUCUUUCCAAGUGAAUGAAGAAAUGAUAGAGACAUUGUUCAGAGCUAAUGAUCCAACUUCAAGAACAAAAGAGUCUGUUACUACAGAUGUUGUUCAAUCUACAAGUCAUCAGUUUCUUGAUCCAAGAAAGUCACACAACAUUGCUAUUUUGCUUAGAGCUCUUAAUGUAACUGCUGAUGAAGUGUGUGAAGCUCUUGUAGAAGGUAACUCGGAUGCGCUUGGAUCAGAGCUACUCCAAUGCCUGCUUAAGAUGGCACCUACCAAAGAAGAGGAAGACAAGCUUAAGGAGCUUAAAGAGGAUGAUGAUGAUGAGUCAUCUCCUUCCAAAACUGGACCUGCAGAGAGAUUCCUCAGAGCAUUGCUCAACAUUCCUUUGGCGUUCAAGAGGAUCAACGCAAUGCUUUACAUUGUCAACUUCGAAUCAGAAACCGAGUACCUUAAAAGAUCCUUCCACACCCUCGAGGCUGCUUGUGGUGAGUUGAGGAACACUAGGAUGUUCUUGAAGCUUCUAGAAGCGGUUCUCAAGACGGGGAACCGGAUGAAUAUAGGGACUAACAGAGGAGACGCGCACGCUUUCAAGCUUGACACACUCUUGAAGCUGGUGGAUAUCAAAGGAGCAGAUGGGAAGACAACCUUGCUGCACUUUGUGGUUCAAGAGAUCAUAAAAUCAGAAGGAGCUCGCGUCUCCACUACUCCAACUCAAAGCCCUGUAGGCGUCAACAUGGCCGAGCAAUCAGCGUUCCAAGACGACCUAGAGCUGAAGAAACUUGGGUUGCAAGUUGUUUCAACUCUCAGCUCUCAGUUAACAAACGUCAAGAAAGCAGCUGCGAUGGACUCAACUUCCCUCAGCGACGAAGCAGCUGAACUCUCCAAGGGGAUAACGAAAGUUAAGGAAGUAAUCAUGGAGCUGAAGCAAGAGACAGGUGUAGAGAGGUUCUUGGACUCGAUGAACUCGUUCUUGAACAAAGCUGAGAAGGAGAUCACAGAGGUACAGUCACAUGGAGAUAGUGUCAUGAAGAUGGUUAAAGAAGUGACAGAGUACUUCCACGGGAACUCGGAGUCUCAUCCUUCUCGUAUAUUCACCGUGGUCAGAGACUUUCUGACGGUUCUUGAUCAAGUGUGUAAAGAAGUCGGUCGUGUAAACGAGAGAACAGUGUAUGGUUCCGUGCCACGAGCUUCAGUGUCUAAUCAGGUCGUCACGCCGCUUUUCCCCGUGGCUAACAAUGACAACAACUCAGAGAAGAGUCACUCGGGUUCUUUAGGCAACCAAGAAGAUGAAGACUUGUUCUAAGUGAAAACGAUUGGUUCGGUUGCAUUCUAGUGUGUGUUUUGGUUUCAUGUGAUCCGUACGUGCUGAAGAAACAUGUUAUGUGUAUUUAUUUAAAUAUUGAUAGGUGAGAAUUUUGUAACGAAAGUUAUUAGAAUUUGAAAAGUGUUUCUGUCGGAUUGUGCAAGUUGCUA